AUGACUGACUUGGACGGCAACGUCAAAAUCGGUGGCUUGUUUUGGUGCGAUAAGGGAGAGACGACGCCGUUACAGCUGCUGCCACUCACAAAUCACCUCAUGUAUCCGUGGCUCUACUCCGAGCCGGUUGAAGCUGAUGUGACGAAGUGGCGAAAGGACUCUGCUGCAAUAGAGUUCUGGCAGACUAUUGCUAAGCCAAAAACAAGCAUGGCACAGCUCUCAGAUAGCCCACUACUCAAGCUGCCCUGGACAACCAACGAUGUGAGAGAAUUGGUCAUGCUUGCAUUCGACCAUAAACGCACGGAGGCAAUGAUGAAACAUGAUCCGCCGCUCAUUCGCCGGCUGCCUUACCCCAUGACAAUAGACAAUGCGGAUUAG